CUGUGUAUCAAAAACGUGCUGCGAAUCGGAAUACCAAAGCAAAGAGAUAGACAAAGCGAAGCAGGAAUAGGAGGAGACCGCAAAAGGCACCGAAGCGAGCGCGGCUUAAGCGAACGAGUGAGCAAAACAAACGAGCCGAGGGAAAAGAGAAAAACAACGUUUCAAGUGAAAGUCGAACACAAGCACCGAAAAGGAGAGGGAACAGCAAAUUGGUUAUUUCUGACGCGUUAACACGGCUCGGAACCACAACCACUGGAAGUCGAAGCCAGGCGCCGAGCAAUUGGACUCCACGGCAGUCAGUCAGUCAGUUGGCCAAGAUCGCGCGAGAGGCUUAGACACGCAGCCAGUAGAUCAGUAGCCCAGUAACUAGAGUUUCGGAUCGGUCGCACUAACUGAUCGAGUAAAUAUAGCAAACAACCCCGGGGAAAUGUGCGAAACAACCACCUGACAUCCCAAAAGUUUUAUUCGUGUGGUAAUAUCGAGGUAACAUCAGUUCCCAGCAUUCAAACAGUCUCCGUUCAUAAAGGCCACUUCAAUUUGAAUUCAAACCGAACCCGAAGAGACCGCCAGUGAAACCGGAGAAUCACCGAUCGAUCGAAUCGAUCGCUUAGCCAGCUAUGUCGGAGGCUGCCACGCCCCCAGGAUCAGUGCCAGGAUCAGGAUUUCCACCUGGUUUCGAUCCCGCCGCCGAAUCUGCCGAGAAGACCCUGUGCUUCCGUGGCUUCUGGGCCUGGGCAGUGCUGAUUCUCCUGAUCGCCCUAGGCAUAUCGCUCUUCAUGUGGCUGCUGCGCAAGUGCAUCCAAGGACCGGCCUACCGGAAGGCCAACCGGAUCGACGGCAAGGUGGUGAUCGUCACCGGCUGCAACACGGGCAUUGGCAAGGAGACCGUUUUGGAGCUGGCCAAGCGGGGCGCCCGGGUCUAUAUGGCAUGUCGGGAUCCAGGGCGCUGCGAGGCCGCCCGCCUGGAGAUCAUGGAUCGCAGUCGCAAUCAGCAGCUCUUCAAUCGCACCCUUGACCUGGGCUCGCUGCAGUCGGUGAGGAAUUUCGUGGAGCGUUUCAAGGCCGAAGAGACCCGGUUGGAUCUUCUGAUCAAUAAUGCAGGGAUAAUGGCCUGUCCCCGCACCCUGACAGCCGAUGGUUAUGAGCAGCAGUUCGGGGUCAAUCAUCUGGGACACUUUCUGCUCACGAAUCUGCUGUUGGAUCGCCUGAAACACAGUUCGCCCAGUCGAAUUGUGGUGGUCAGUUCGGCGGCUCACCUCUUUGGACGGAUUAACCGGGAGGAUUUGAUGAGCGAGAAGAAGUACGGCAAGUUCUUUGGGGCCUAUAGCCAGUCCAAGCUGGCCAAUAUCCUGUUCACCCGCAAGCUGAGCGCGAUCCUCAAGAAUUCGGGGGUCACGGUGAACUGUUGUCAUCCGGGCGUGGUGCGCACGGAGCUCAAUCGUCAUUUUGCGGGACCCGGCUGGAUGAAGAGCGUCCUCCAGACGGGAUCUUUGUACUUCUUCAAAACACCGAAGGCAGGUGCCCAGACCACCCUGCGAUUGGCACUCGAUCCCCAGUUGGAGGGCUCGACGGGUGGCUACUAUUCGGACUGCAUGCGCUGGCCUUUGGUUCCCUGGGCUCGGAACAUGGAGACCGCCGACUGGUUAUGGCGGGAAAGUGAAAAGCUGGUGGGUCUGCCCCCCCUGGAGCCACCGCCCAGCCAAAACCAGAACCAGAACCAGAACCCAACCCAUAAUGGUAAUGGUACCCAAAAUGGUACUGGUAAUGGUAGUAGUGCCAAUCCCGGAACUCGGGAAAUGCAGUCCGUCGAAACGGUCGUGGUCAGUCGUUCAUAGUAGUAGUCAAAGUCCUUGAGAAAAGGGUUCACCACAGUACAGACCUUGCUCUUAAUUUAUUCCUUAUAAUAUUGCGUGUUUAAGUACCCUUGGGAAGACCCCGUACAAUCGACAGUCGAGUUCGGAAUGAGGCCAGUUCCAAUUAGCUAAAGUCUCUGAUUUUUCUUGUAUAGAGCAUAUAAUAUUUAAGAAACUGUAUCUGCAGUUAAUUUUUUUUGUAUCUUUAACAAUGUUUUAAAAUUUGGGAACCUAAUAAAAUUGUUACAAGUUCCAUUGUGACUUAUACCCUAUAUAUACUUAUAUCCACAUUUUCAAAUGAGAUUAUUGAAAGAUUUCAGUUCUUAAGGUGUUGGUAGUGAGUUUGUUUCUGAGAAUAUGACUUGUAAGAUAAAUAGCCUAACUUAUAGUUAGCUGUCGACUGAAACUACAUAUUUCCCAGGGUAUUUUAGUCUUCGGUCCUCGAAGUUAGCUUUUCAAUACUCUUUUUUUUUAGUUUGUUCUGUACAUAAUUUUAAGCGAAAGAAAACCCAUUAAAAUAAAAGUUAAACCCGACAUGCAA